CAUGCGCGGCGCACUGGUUGCCGCCGUCGCUGGCUGUGGGACCUCGGACCCCUGUGCUUCGAGAUGGUUCGUGCUAAGAGCUGGACCCUGAAGAAGCUCUUUGUAGGCAAUCCUACUAGUAGUAACUUUGAGUUGAAGACGACUGAGCUCCCACCUUUAAAAAAUGGAGAGGUCCUGCUUGAAGCUUUGUUCCUCACGGUGGAUCCUUAUAUGAGAGUGGCGGCCAAAAGAUUGAAGGAAGGUGAUAGGAUGAUGGGGCAGCAAGUGGCCAGAGUUGUGGAAAGUAAAAACUCAGCCUUUCCGACAGGAAGUAUUGUACUGGCUUUUCCAGGCUGGACAACGCACUCCAUUUCUGACGGGAAAGAACUGGAAAAGCUGCCUGCAGAGUGGCCAGAUACGUUACCACUGUCUGUGGCUCUGGGGACAGUUGGGAUGCCAGGCCUAACUGCCUACUUUGGCCUGCUUGACAUCUGUGGUGUAAAGGGUGGAGAAACAGUGAUGGUUAAUGCAGCAGCAGGAGCAGUGGGCUCUGUCGUGGGGCAGAUAGCUAAGCUCAAGGGCUGCAAAGUUGUUGGAGCAGCAGGAUCUGAUGAAAAGGUUGCCUACCUUAAAAAGAUUGGAUUUGAUGUUGCCUUUAACUACAAGACAGUAGCGUCUUUGGAAGAAACUUUGAAAAAAGCCUCUCCUGAUGGUUAUGAUUGUUAUUUUGAUAAUGUAGGUGGAGAGUUUUCAAAUACUGUUAUCCUCCAGAUGAAGAAAUUUGGAAGAAUUGCUAUAUGUGGGGCCAUCUCUGUAUAUAAUCAUACUGGUUCACUUCCCCCAGGUCCAUCCCCAGAGCAUAUUAUCUAUCAGGCACUUCGCCUAGAAGGGUUCCUGUAUAGCAACUGGCAAGCAGAUGCCCGCCAGAAGGCUCUAAAGGACUUGCUGCAAUGGGUCUUGGAGCGUAAAAUCCAGUACCAUGAACACAUCACUGAAGGAUUUGAAAACAUGCCAGCUGCAUUUAUGGGGAUGCUGAAAGGAGAGAAUUUGGGAAAAGCCAUAGUGAAAGUAUAAAAAAAAAAAGACAUAAGGAAUCUGGAGAUCAUUUAGAUGUUUACUUAACUUGUUUAUUACCAUUUAGUAAAAGUGCACACUGCCUUUAAUUAUCUAAGAAAUAGUAACUGUAAUGAGUUUGACCUGCCUAAUAAAAUACAUUUAAGUGGUAUUAAUUAGUGAUGGAGAAUGAAA